AGGCUCUGGAGAUGACCACGCAUUACAAGCACCUCCCUCGACAAGUUAUUAACCCGACUUUGACUACGUGUUCUCAUUCCAUAGGGAAUGCCGAUGACGUCGUUGUGUAUGUAUUUUGUUCUUUUUUUCCUUGGAACUGGAGCGUGACUGCUCGACGUGGACGGUGACUUGCUCUGUCAUAUAAAACCCGCAAGUUUCUGAGUGUUGUUUAUCAGAGUCCCGGUCCUGGGACUUGAAGAGAACUAGGAGAUCUCGACUUUAUUGUGAGAAAGAGAGAGAGAGAGAGAGAGCUAAAGAGAUUGUCAGAGACUCAGAAACAGACGCAAACAACUGAAAGAGAUCGUUUGUGCUUUAGUUUCUCGUUGUCCAAUUCAGCACCAAGGACAGCGAUCAAACCUCCAACUCCAGCCUGAAGCAACGACGUAGUGCAGUAUCUGGACCCGACGCAAUGAUGAUCCGGCUCAGCUCCCACUUCCUGACGCUUUUCGCUCUUCUGAAUGUGUUCUGCUCCCGCACAUCGGGGUUCCCGGCCCUCGGAACCUACUCCCACCUGGGGCUGCGAAAUGCUGUUGGUUUCGAUGGACAGUCCAGUGAGGAUCAGUCACAAUCACCAGUGGGAGCUGAUAGUGGCGUUUACCAAAACCCAUUGUCAGACAGCGACAAAGUCUAUUACCAGUUGUCCGCCAGCAUGCCAAGAGCAAAACGACAUUCAGACGCAAUUUUUACCAAUGACUACAGCAAACUGCUUGGUGAAAUAGCUGCUAGGAAAUAUCUGGAAUCACUGAUGGGGAAAAGAACCCAGGAUGAGCAGAACACAAUCAAACGUCACUCUGAUGCUCUGUUCACCCAUAUGUACAGCACUUACCUGACGGAGAAGGCUAUACAAGAACUUCUCGAAAUGAUAACAAAUGCCGAGAAAAGUAACCAGCAAGAUGCAAACUCAGACAGCCCCUCGCCUGUUUAAAAUUAUGUCAGUGAUGCGAUUUAGAGUCAUCUUCAAGAUUAGAAUCUCUGAAGACCUCCGAAUUAUUGAGCUGAAAACUACAUACAGCCUUUUUCCUUUAUUAAUCAGGAGAGAAUGCAUCAGACUCCAAAGCUAGUAUGUUGUGUAGUGAAAGUCUUGGUGACCUAUUUAGUUCUUUGUAAAUGAGAGCCACUGUUCAUUCACUAUAAAUAACAUCCUUUUUUGGUCAGCCUUUGUCUAAAAGUUGUAUAUAUCUAUUAAAUAUAGAUUGACAAUGUUACUCUUCUAUACUGCCCUAACCCCUAAUAAAUGUAUUGAAUGCAGCAUGUGAAAGACACACUGUAUUAACUUAUGUUGUAAACGUACCCAUUACACUCAAGGCUGUUAAUGAGUUA